AUGGAGACAGCGCGUCUAAGGCUCGAGCCAAUCGAUCUCGCCCACCUGGAGGCCUUCCACCGUAUCUGGUCAGACCCCGAUACCACGCAAUGGAGUUCCCGUGGUGUCUGCAAAACCAUCGAAGAAACCAAGGGCAGAAUAAUCGGGAUUGUCCAUGACAAAACCCGCCCGGGCAUCGACAAUUACGGCGUCUUCAUUCGCACUCCGCCUAGCACGGAGGACGCAGACGUAUCCCAAGUCAUCGGCAUCGUAGGCGUCCACAAAGACGAUCCCGUCCCAGAACUGGGAUACAUUUUCCAUCCCUCCUCUUGGGGAAAGGGAUACGCCACGGAGGCUGUAUCUACUUUUGUUCAGCACUAUUUCACUCUUAGGCCCGACGCGCCUUAUAUUGAGGCGAAGGUGGAUGCGAAGAAUCAGCCUUCGAUCCGGGUGCUGCAGAAGUGCGGGUUUGACGAGAUUGAGACGUUGGUUGGUGGGGCGGAAUCGGCGUGGAUGGAUCCUCCUGUACGGGACUUGGUUGUGUUCCGGGCGAUGAGGAAAUAG